CUUUAAGCCCGUUCAUCGAUCUAGACCCCUUCUCAUUUUCCCUCGAGAUCCCGGCCCGAUCUCGUUCCAUCGAUGGCGCGAAUUCCAGCGAAUCGUCGGAUCGGAGGAGCGAAGGUUGGCGGCGACGUUCCGUCGGUGACAACAGCGGAAGAGUCUCCGGCGAUCUCGCUGGAGUCGGAAUCCUCCGGUGAUCGGCCGGUGAGAGUGUACGCCGACGGGAUCUACGAUCUGUUUCACUUCGGACAUGCUAGGGCUCUAGAACAGGCCAAGAAAUUAUUUCCGAACACCUAUUUGCUUGUUGGAUGCUGCAAUGAUGAGAUUACUCAUAAGUACAAGGGAAAAACUGUCAUGACCGAAUCUGAGCGCUACGAGUCACUCCGUCACUGCAAGUGGGUUGAUGAGGUAAUUCCAGAUGCUCCUUGGGUCUUGACUCAAGAGUUCAUUGACAAGCACAAGAUUGAUUAUGUGGCUCAUGAUGCGCUUCCAUAUGCGGAUGCUAGUGGAGCUGGCAAUGACGUCUAUGAAUUUGUUAAAGCCAUUGGUAAGUUCAAGGAAACAAAGCGCACUGAUUCAAUCUCUACGUCAGAUCUCAUAAUGAGGAUUCUCAAGGACUACAACAAGUAUGUUAUGCGCAACUUGGCUCGUGGAUAUUCAAGGAAGGACCUUGGUGUGAGCUACGUGAAGGAAAAGCAAUUAAGAGUGAACAUGGGAAUCACAAAAUUGCGCGAGAAAGUGAAGGAGCAUCAGGAAAAGUUGCAUACAGUAGCAAAGACAGCCGGAAUGAAUCCCAACGAAUGGUUGGAGAAGUGGGUGGAGAACGCGGAUCGCUGGGUUGCUGGCUUUCUUGAGAAGUUUGAGGAAAGUUGCCACAUUAUGGAAACUGCUAUUAAAGACCGAAUCCAGGAGAGUUUGAGGAAGCAAUCCAGCAAAGAACUAAACGCCAGCAUCCUUGAAGAACCAGUAGCAUCAUGAUAUUAUUGCAUAUAAACGUUACUUCUUGAGCGUAACCCUCCCGCUCCUUAACGACAACUCUGGCUGUGAUCAAUGCCCUCCCUCGUAAGAUUUGUCGAGGAUAUUGUAUUUUUGCAUUUUCCAUCUAGGAACUAUAGUUUGGCCUUGUCAAGGGAUCAGGAUAUUUGUGUUGGGGGCCUGUAGGCCGUAGCUAUUCGUGGAACUAGUUCUUGUAUAAUUUUUACAUCCGAUGGAGUUGAUACCGUAUGAAGUUUUGAAUAUGGAUCUGUUGGUGCGUUGCCUGAUCAGCCUAGCUGUUCUUCUUGUAGAUUCCUGGUACUUGAUCUAUAGUCUGGUUAUGGAGAUAUGAACAUUUGUCGCU